AUGGCAAAGAAAGAACUAGUGGACGCUGGCUGCUUUAUUUCACAGAUGAACGAGUUAUUAUUAAUAGACCCCUUAUAUAUAAAUGACGCCAUAACUAACUAUUUUAAUAAUUCUAUAAAUGAUAAAAAGGCAUUAUUGCCAAAAGAGUCUUUGAAUGGUAUUUAUUUCCGAAAUGCAAAGGCAGGUUUAUGGUCAUCCUUUGCAAUUCGAGAGAAUAAUAAAUGUUCUUAUAUUUCACCAGAAAUGUAUAAAAGUAUGAAAGACUCAGGCAUAGAUAGAAAUGAUGAAAAUGAAACGGUGUUAUCAUUUAUUUGUUUUAACAAUACGGAAUUUAUGCACGAAUAUUUAACCGUUGAAAAAAUUAAUGAGUUAAAAUGGGAAAUUUUAGGAUCAAACAGUAAUCACAUAACAAUAAAUAUGAAUAAGGAACAAAAUAAAUAUUCAAAGGAUGAUAAAAAUGCUAGUAAGAAACAAUUGGACAAAGAAGAAAUAGUUUCUUUAGAAAAUUAUUUUUCAAAUAUGUUAACAGUUGAGAGUGGGCAAGUUGGCUUGUUUUGUAUCGAGUCCAUAAAACAUUGUGCAGAUAUGCUUCUUCAAAAAUUUGGAAAUAAUGAUAUUAAUAAUGAGGAACAACUAGAUAACCUCUUCAAACAGAAUAUGAACGACCUAUAUCCUUGGUAUAAUAAAAUUUGUAAUUUAACUUUAUCAUCAUCUAUUGCUAUAAUAGAUUUUAUUGAUAUGCCUAUUGGAAGUGUUUGCAUGUCUAGUGCAGAUUGUGUAGUAAAUUAUUUAUGUGAAGUUGUAAGGGAUGAAGUAACGGAUGAAGUGUGGGCAAUAAGGGUUAACUUUUUAAAUCCCUUAAAAUAA